AUGUCGGUGCGCGUAGACCAUCGCGAUCGCGAUAGAUUUUCUCGACAUUCUUCCCGCGCUUCCGUCGAUCACGCUUACCCAAGUAGCUCAACGCGAGAACACUCGUUCCGUUCUGUGCAUUCGGCCCGCGUGCCGCGAGUAUCUAGCGAUGAUUUGAUGGUGCCAGUGCGCACGCUACGAUCGGCUUCGUGUCGCGUAGCUCCAGGUGCACCGCAUCGCUUGCGCCGCCACCACUCAUCGGCAGCAGAAUGCGAGCGCGCACGCCGCUCUCGCCGCCAUACACUCGAGCUACCCAACAGCCGCGGCCCGAGCGUUCGCAGUCGAUCUCCUGAGCCGCCACCGCCACCGCCUGAGCCCGAAGUUCCCCCUGAGGAUGCCGGCAAGGAGGCUCGACGGCGACGCGUCGUAGCUGCCGUUGCUGCUUCCUUCUUCGCCCUUGCGCUGGCAUCAGUCCUCGUGGUGGUGGUGACGCUGACCCACAGCUCUGUGCUCCGCGCACACAACCAAACGGCCAAGUACUACACGUUCUCCGUGCCGCCGCACCAUCCUCUCAGUGAGCCCCGUUCAUGUUGCCCCACCGUCGCCCCUCCCGCUUCGCAUGCGACUGUCUCCGACCCUGAGUGCCAGGGGCUGCGAACGUCGCCGCGGUCGCUCGUCAGCAAGUCACCGCCACCAUAUGCGGUACUUAAAAUUGUCCAUACACACAUGAACAUCCCUUCAGGGGUCCAUGAUGACAUAUGUCGAGCAAGCUCGUUACACCACCAAAUCUGUACGAAUUAUAAAAAAUAA